UUUUCGAUAGAAAAACAUGGGAAGAAAAACUUCCCGUCACAACAAUCCUCGAAGAAACUGACUGCAGCGUGGAGACAUUCCAAGCCUUCGAGUCAAUCAUCCAUUGCGCUGGAAAAAAACAACAACAGAUUUACCACCAUGGCGAAUUCCGACAAAAACAAGAAGAAAAAGCUGAAAAAGCGAAGAGAAAGAAAAGAAGAGGAGGCCGCAAAGCAGGAGAAAAACUACGAGAACGACGCAAACGACGACGGCGAUGGCCCGGAGGAUCCGGCACMGAACCAAGAGGAAGCAGCAGACAACGACAACGACGUCAACGACGGCGACGACGACCAGCAGGAGAUUGUCACCUCGACGGCCUUUUCCGACCUGGGCGUCUGCGAGGCCCUCGUCGAGGCAUGCGACACCCUGGGCUGGAAGUCCGCGACCCGCAUCCAGGAGAAGGUCCUGGCGGACGCCCUUUCCGGCCGGGACGUCAUCGGCCUGGCCGAGACCGGGUCGGGAAAGACGGGGGCCUUUUGCAUCCCCAUGCUCCAGGCCCUGCUGGAGAACCCGGUCCGCGGGUCCGUCUUUGGCGUCGUCCUGGCCCCCACCCGCGAGCUGGCCUUCCAGAUCCACGCCGUCGUGGAGGGCCUGGGGACCACCAUGGGGGCCACCAGCUUGUGCGUCGUCGGGGGGGUCCCGGUGACGCAGCAGUCGAUCGCCCUGGGCCGGAACCCGCACAUUCUUGUGGCCACCCCCGGCCGGCUGCUGGACCACCUGACCAACACCAAGGGCUUCCACCUGCGCAACCUCAAAUACCUGGUCCUGGACGAGGCCGACCGGAUGCUCUCCCUGGACUUUGAGCAGGAGCUCAACGAGCUCCUGGAGGUCAUUCCCGAGGACCGGACCACCCUGUUGUUCUCGGCCACCAUGACAUCCAAGGUGCAGAAGCUCCAGAGGGCCUGCCUGAAGGACCCCGUCCGGGUGGAGGUCUCGACCAAGUUCCAGACCCCCAAGAAGCUCCUCCAGUCCUACGUCUUUAUCCCCGCCAAGUACAAGGACUGCUACCUCACCUACCUGGUCAACGAGUACGCCGGCCAGUCGAUGCUCAUCUUCGGGGCCACCUGCAACAACGUCCAGCGGCUGGCGCUGAUGCUCCGGAACCUCGGCUUCCCCGCCAUUUGCCUGCACGGACAAAUGUCCCAGCCCAAGCGCCUGGGGGCCCUGCACAAGUUCACGGGCGGCUCCCGGUCGAUCCUCAUCUGCACGGACGUGGCCGCCCGCGGCCUGGACAUCCCCAGCGUCGACCUGGUCAUCAACUUCGACCUCCCCGGCCACGGGAAGGACUACAUCCACCGGGUCGGCCGGACGGCCCGGGCGGGCCGGUCCGGGAAGGCCAUUGCCAUGGUGACCCAGUACGACGUGGAGGUCUACCAGCGCCUCGAGGGCCUCCUGGGAAAAAAGCUCCCGGAGCACAAGCUCGACGAGGAGACGGUCCUGGUGCUCCUGGAGCGGGUCAGCGAGGCCCAGCGAAUGGCGACCCGGGAGCUCAAGGAGCAGCUGGCGACCUCCAGGGGCUCGGGCGGCCGGAGGAAGCGCAGGGGCGCCGGCGAGGAGGCCUACGAGGGGGACCUCGGCAGGGGCAUCCGCAAGGGGUACUACGCCGGCGGAAGCGGUGGCAGGGGGGGCGCCCUGCCCAACCAGCGGGGGAGCGGCAAGCAGAAGAAACGAAAGUACUAACUCGCAGCAGCAGCGAGUACUAGCAGUAGCAACAGCAGCAGAAGCGGCGGAAGCCCCGGCCGCCGUGGACCGGAUUGGCCGUGCCGCCGGCAGGAGUUGCUAGCAGCAAGCAGUUCUACUAGUAGCUAUUUCCAUCGGUGCUUUUUGGUUGUUCUGCUCCUGCCGAUGUUACGUUUUCGGAAGCACCGCCAGUACUUACUACACACAUAGUAGACGAUCAUCCCGGAGCGUAAUACCGUACUUAGUUGUCUUGAUCAGUACUUGUUUCUUACGUACAACUGUACUUAGUUGUACUUUUACUAUCAC